UCAGUGAAAUUGGAAACCGUUUUACACAAAAGUUACAUCAGUAUACACAUUUGGCUAAUAGAAAACAUUGUAAAUACAUUCAUUUGCAAACAAAAGAAAAUGGUUUACAAGGACACGUUAUAAAUGUUGGUGUAUCUUGUUCGUGAGAAGGAAAUAUAACAGUUUAGGAAUGUUUUCAUAAGUUUAUAAUCAUCCUUAUUAUAUUGUGACGGAAACUAUUUCUGAUUAAGUAAGUGAAUAAAUACAUUCCUUAUGCUUAGCCUUAUAGCUUGGGAGUAAUAGUUUCACAGGUUUUUGAUAGAAAAUCACAGCUAGAUGUCAAAGAGUGAACAAGGGAAAACGAAAUCCAUCAACCCAAUUCAAACAGACCUUUGUCAAAGGGAUUAGAGCUGUCUUUAAUGUAUUACCCAGAUUACUUUUGUGAGUUUUCUCGAUGAAAGGAACUUGUGCAUGCGACUUUACAAUCCAGAGCCACUUUAAGAUGUAGCAGCUCGCAUGAUCGUCAAUGGAGAAUGGAAUCAUCCCGCUGCGACACGGAAGUUUGCCCGGGGCUCUGCGGUUACCAAGGAGAUACGAGAACUGCACACGAAAAAUGUCGCCAGUAUCAAAGCGGAACUCAUCCAUUGCGCCUGCGUCGAACGAAAACGAGACUGAGCGUAUGCAUGACCUGAUGCAGGCAAUCAUGUGGGUUAAGCAGGAACUGAUAUUAAUGCGGCAGCACGACAUCCUCCUGAAGCGGCAGUUCUGUGAUAUUCAGGACACAAUAAAAAGCCUGUGUAAGUCGCGCCGCUACAAAGGCGCCGUGUGCACGAGUAACACAAGCCUCCAGUCGACCGGGAGUACCGAGUUCGGAAUGGACAACUACUCGGUGCGGUCAGCCUCCAGUGUUACUGCCCUUGACGACUCGGGCGAAGAUGAGGACGAACAUCACGAACUAUUGUUCCGUCCGAGAACUUCAUCCAUGAAAACAACGCGAGAUCUCGCCGCUCUCGCGAGAAGGCGGGGCAGCAAGGAACUUAUUUAGUUGUGGGUGGCCGCAAUUGUUUUAACUGGUAGACGCGUGUCAACGGUUGCAAACGAUUAUAUACCUCAGUACUAAAGUAUUCAAAUAACAAAGUUGAUGUAUGAAACAUAUCAUGAUACAUGCUUUAGUACAAUCCACAGUUUCAGAAAAUAUAUAUAUAGGGCUUCCCAUAAUUAAAUCAUCAUUAGGAGUGUCUCGCGCAAAACUGCUAAUAAUAAACGUUUUGUGCAUCUUGGAAGUGUGAGGAGACAUGCUCUUCAUUAAUUUCGUUUUUAUUCGUGUUCACAUGUAUAAGUAUGGGUAUUUAUGUAUUGACGGCGGACGGUGCUAUUAACACGCAUGUGUCGAUGCUCAUAACGCUGUUAAAAUGCCGUAUACAGAGUGUGAUUUUGAUUAGCUAUUUUGUUUUCCAAAUGUGUUGAGAUAGCCAGCAUAAUUGCGUUGGCGGUUUAUGAUCAUGUAUUGCUUGUCUGAUAAUCUAGAGCAAGUUUUGGUGAUUGUAUGCAUAAUGUGUUCAAUAUAUAUUGAUAUCUAAUAAAACUAUUGCCAACUGUUC